AUGCAAGUAUUGCAAAGAGAGACAAUUAUUGGUUUCCGUCUAGCAAUGGGCCAGAGCAUGAACACUAUAUUUCUCCCAGAAACACCAAAAGAGCAAAAAGGAAAUAAUUUGGAAUUAAUCAAUUUGGUUUCCGAAAAUGCAAUAGAAAAAAAUUUUUCAUUAACUGAGGAAACAAAUUUACUCCUUAAAAUACAGAAUACUGAAAGUGAAAUUUUUAAAGAACACUUAGACUAUAUUGAAUCUGACAAUCAGUUUUUACUUAAUGAUUGUUUAAAAGGAACCCCAAUCAGAAAAAGAUGUGAUAAAGAACGCUCAUUUACACAAUCAAAUAAGCUUUUAAUUACUCCAAAGAAAUAUUUUGGGGAAGAUAUUUUAAACACUGUUCCAAAAAAUAUGGGAAGAUUCGUAAAUUCUCUAGAAAGAUUAUCAAUAGAUAAAAAAAACAACAUAACAUUAAGUAACACGCCACAGAAAAAAGAAAUGAGGUAUUCUAUGAUUAAAUUAAAACCUUCAAUAUUUAACAAUCAAAACAAGUUUUGUCAAACGGAAUCUUCAUGCCCACACAUUUCGGUAAGAUUGGCUAAGGAAAGCUCCAAAAAAUGGUUUUUAAAUUUCUUCAAUACAAUAUAUGAAUUUUUGAUUUAUCAAUUACCACUGGCACUAAUCUUUUAUAGUUUUGCAUUAUUUCUAAUUAGCGGUUUAUGA